CCAACGGUCUAGAACGAACCCGUACCGUACGCUUUGAGUUGAUUCUGUUCUUUGGAGUAGCCAGCGACGAUAUAGUCGUAAAGUCGAACAGUCGUAUAGAUAUAUAAAGAGUGUGUGUGCGUUGCGCUCGUCUCUUGAUUCGUGCGUUACUCGAAACAGAUCAGAGCAGCAUUUAAAAUCGAAUGUAACGUAACGAAAGACAAGAAGACGGCGGCAAGGACAGCCGAAAAAAAAAAAAACAAAAAAUAUUACAAGCCAAGUGCGCUCGUGUUCGUGAAUUUCCGGUUGAACAAACACAUAAGCAAGAAGUAAAAGAAAAGCGAGCAAAAAUUAUAAAAAUAAUAAAAACAACACCCACAGCAUCGAGUACAUAAGCGAGGGGUCUUCCAGGGGCAAAGACGAAGCCACAGUACGAAAAGUGAAAAUAUACGGAGAAAAGUUGCACAGAGCGGCAAGCAUAUUUCAUAAGUUUACACACUUACUGACACACAACCACACACACAAACACACACACACACAUCCAUACAGAGACUCAUACAUACAUAUAGAGCCAUAUAACAUAGCCGGGAGCCAGUUAGAGCGAGUCCAAGUCAUAUAUGUGAGACGAAGGCGACGGCGACAAAGGCUAACGCACGACCUUUGGCACAGAGUUCAGCAACUGCAGCAAAGGACACGAACACGGACACAGGACACAGGACACAGCGAGGAGGUCAACAAAUCAAUAGAAACAAAGCGCACAGCGAGAAAACAAUUGGCCACAAGCAUUGCCACAAAAACAGCAGCUAGCAAACCACCAAAAUUCACUCGCAAAUUAUGCUGGCCAUGUCGACCCUAAUGAUGCCCGCCCCGACUAUAGCCAUGGGGGCACCGCAGAUCACGAUGGGCCCCCACAAGCCGCCAGAAACGAAACUGCUUGCCAUCCAUCCCGCUGCAGCAGCAGCCGCUGCCGCUCAGCAACAGCAAUCCGUGACAGCUGCCCAUCUGCAGCACAAUGGCCAGCAGCAACAUGCCCAGCAACAGCAACAGCAGCAGCUGCAGCAGCAACAGUCAAAUGCACAGCAGCAACAUCAACAGCAGAUCGUUGGCAGCAACUCAAAGCCAGAACAAUUUCACAUCUUUGUGGGCGAUUUGAGUGCUGAAAUUGAAACGCAACAGCUGAAAGACGCAUUCACGCCAUUCGGAGAAAUAUCAGACUGCCGAGUUGUGCGCGAUCCGCAGACGCUGAAAUCAAAGGGCUAUGGAUUCGUCAGCUUUGUCAAGAAAUCGGAAGCGGAAACCGCCAUCACUGCUAUGAACGGCCAGUGGCUCGGCUCGCGUUCGAUACGCACAAAUUGGGCCACCCGAAAACCGCCAGCCACCAAGGCAGACAUGAAUAUCAAACCUUUGACCUUUGAUGAGGUUUAUAACCAAAGCAGCCCCACUAACUGCACCGUAUACUGUGGCGGCAUCAAUGGCGCCCUCUCUGGAUUUCUCAACGAGGAGAUAUUGCAGAAGACAUUUUCACCAUAUGGCACAAUACAGGAGAUACGCGUCUUCAAGGAUAAGGGCUACGCAUUUGUGCGGUUCUCGACAAAAGAAGCAGCCACACACGCCAUCGUAGCUGUCAAUAAUACGGAAAUCAACCAGCAGCCGGUGAAGUGCGCGUGGGGCAAGGAGAGCGGCGAUCCGAAUCACAUGUCCGCCAUUGCGGGCCAAGCGCUGGCGCAGGGCUUCCCCUUCGGCUCAGCAGCUGCCGCGGCCGCAGCAGCAGCCGCCUAUGGGCAGCAAGUGGCCGGUUACUGGUAUCCACCGGCACCCACAUAUCCCACAGCGGCACCGGCCAGUACCUUGCAGCCCGGCCAGUUUCUGCAGGGCAUGCAAGGCUUCACCUACGGUCAAUUUGCAGGCUAUCAGCAGGCCAGCUACAUGGGCAUGGGCGUACAGCUGCCAGGCACUUGGCAGAGUGUCCCGCCACAGCCGCAGCUGACCAGUGCAGCGGCAGCCGCAGCGCCACAGAUAACUCAGAGCGUCGGUGGCGCCCUGCCUCAGGCUGCUGGCGUUGUGGCCUAUCCCAUGCAACAGUUCCAGGUCAGUCCACAGCUGGCGGAGGAUGAGUGGCUGGCACCCAGUUUGCUGGUGUAGCUGCCAUGAGCGGUGGCCAUGUAUCCCACACAGCAGCAGCAACAGCAGCAGCAGGAGCAGCCACCGUGCGCCGAUUACGUGAAGGAGCCGCGUUACCAACUACAACAGCAACCGCAGCACCACCACGUUCAACAACUCCACCACCACCAGCCGCAGAUAUACGAAUUACAACAGCUACAGCAACAGCAGCAACAGCAGCAGCAACAGCAGCUGCAACAACAGCAACAACAAUUGCAGCUGCAACAACAGCAACAACAACAACAAGCAACGCACUUUGCCCCACAGUUGUAUUAUGCGCAGCCACACUGGAUGCACCAGCAGUUGCCCAACAGCGAGCAGCAGCUGCAACUUCAAGCCCAGCAACAACAACCACAUCAACAACAACAACCACCAGUAAACCAAGUAAAUGAAGUUUAUGGCAUCCCCGAAUUGUACAAAGAUUGAAAUGCAAAAGUGACAAAUUUUAUUUCACACCCUCGGUUGAUAUUAGAGAAAUGUAGCUUAACGAGUAGCGAGUAACGAGAAGCAGGUGAAGAGUAACCCAAAAUGACAAAGGAUACAUUUGAAAGGAACAAGCAGAUCGAAGAUUAUCACAUCAGAUAUGAAUUCAAGCAAACCAUAUAAAAUAUCUAUUUAUACAAAAUAUAGUAUAUAUAAAAUAAACGCCCAUUAACUCAAUAUCCAAUUUGUUGAAGGCAAACGUAGUUUAAGUAUAAAGAGCAUAAGCAACAGCGAUAGCAACACCAACAGCAACAGCAGUAAGGCCAAAUAUGCAAUAGCUAAUAACUAUAAUAUGUACAACAACUAAUUGAAAUCACAAAACAAAAUGAUUUAAAUAAAUGAAAAUAUAUGUAUGUGUGUUAUUUGUGUCUAUAUUCUCGCUGUCAGAGAGCGCCGAUAUGUAGCAAUAGAAAACCUCCUUUUGUCGGGGGCCAAUUCAGCAACUACACAUAUGGUACACAUAUAGCAGUAGGUAUACCUACCAGAGUUAGAAUAGAGCCGGUGCUAAAGUCAAAGGUCAAAGGUUUUUGUAUGUUGUAGUGCACGAAUCCCUCAUAACCCUUUCGAUUCCACUCGCAAAGUUUUCGAGGUAUUGGUGUCAGUAGAAGCAAAUUUAGAAAUUUUAAUUCGGGUUAAAAGAUUAUUUAUCAAAGCUAUCGCGACAUUUUAUUGACUGAAAUUUCCAACUGAUUCAUUUAAUUUGUUUUCAUAAUUUCAAAUUAUUAUUUUUAUAUGGUUAUCGAACUGUUAUCACUGCUAAGCCAAGCAGACACCACCUUUAGCCCCUAGAAGCAUGUCAUGAGUAAUUAGUUUUAACGAGAGCUCAUUUAAUAGAUGUGCCUAAUUUAACAUGUCCUUAAAAAGUUGCGGCAAGUUAGGUCGAGCCACAUUUGCUUCGAUAUGUUUACCCCAAAGCUGUAUUGAGUUUAAAUAUCGCGCAAAGGGAACCAAAAUUAAAAAGAAAAUCAAAUAAAUAUAUUUGGGAAAAAAUUAAUAUAAAUAUUUACAAGAAAAAUAAAUACAUUCAAAAUAGUUAAAUGUAAACACAAGUCAAAAUAGUAGAAAAUGUGCACAUACAAAGGUAAAAAAAACAUAGUGAUAAAGCAACACAAACCAAAAGAAACCCAAAAAAAAAAAACAAUUUAUUGAUAUAAAAUGCAUGUAU